CCACUCCUCCCUGCUACUAUCUUUCACAGCAAUGGCGGAGCGAUGGUAACAGCAUCAUUUCUCCUAUCUUCCUCAUCCAUUGAUCUCAUCCUCACGUUGAUGUAGCCAGGUGCCCGCAGCGCCAAACCCUUCUAUUUCCUCGUUGGUGACGUCCACCACACACAAACCAUCUUCGAUCCCUAUCUAUCUAUAUAUAUAUCUAUAUACACCUCUGUAUAUAUACGUGUAUACACACAUAUAUAUAUUUAUACACACAUAAUUCAUUCUAUAUUGCCAUUAAUUACUCAACCUGUGGCCUUCACUGCUGAAAGAAGGAACAACGAGAGAAGCAUGUCUCAUCACCACGGAUCCGAGUAGAUCAAUCAACAAUAUACUCCAAGGAAGACGUGGCCACCAAACAACACAAGCGACAUAUCUCCGUCUUUUAACAUCCUCCAACGACACAUUAUAUACACAAAUAUAUAUAUAUAUACCCUCAUUCUACGGACGCACGUUACGGAUAUAAUAUACACACGUCGGGACACUUGGAUUCGAAACCCAAACCUCAAGUUUUGAAUAUUCUCUCAAACUACUUCUUCAACACAUCAUUCUUAUAUACUGUAUAUAUAUUAUAUAUAUAUACCAUACACACACACACACACAUAUCCAGUCAAUCUACGGAUUUACGUUAUAUAUGAUGAUACAUACUCGCCAGGACGCUUGGAUUUGAACCCCAAACCUCACCCUUUGACUAUUGUAACUGUUCAUCCAUCGACACAUUGUUAUCUACCCUAUCAUAUUCUAUGGACACGUUGUGUAUGACUAUAUACACCCGUUGGGACGCCAGGAUUUGAAAUCGAAACCUGAAAUAUUGGACAUUUAAAGAAAGCGUUGAAGGAGGACGAAAUCGUCCCUUAUUAAGGUUUGGGACCCAUUUGAACAGGGUUUUGGUGUGUAAGAUAUACACUUUGUCCCAGGGUGUCCCUUUUUUAGGGGCCAGUUUUACCAAACGGGGCAAAAUGAGUGAUGAAGAUCGUGAUGUCGACAUAGAAAGUGAUGCUGAAAAAAGGGCACACCAUAAUGCUUUAGAAAGAAAACGCAGAGACCAUAUUAAAGAAAGCUUUAACAGUCUACGGGACUCGGUACCAACAUUACAAGUUGAAAAAGUCACCGUCUCUCGGGCCCAGAUCCUGAAGAAGGCGGCAGACUACAUCCAAUUUAUGCGAACGAAAAAUCUUGGCCAUCAGAAAGAUAUUGAAGAUUUGAAAAAACAGAAUACGUAUCUGGAAAAACAAAUACGUGCUCUUGAAAAGGCUAAAAACACAGGUUCAUACACGGCAAUUCAUACAGUGAGGUCCUCGACGCAGGUUUCCGCAUACACCAAUGACUCGGGGUCUGAAAGCGACGGAUUGGACGCCCCAUCGACCCACGGAAGACGGAAAAGGUUGAAGACUGCCAAUUGCAGCAUGUGAAAAACAAAAAACAAACACACACAGACAAAAAAAAAAUGAAAUUUGCAGACUAUUUUUCACGCUCGAAUUUGCAGUUUUGGUGAAAAAAAAAAAAGUAAGAAAGAAGAGCAAAAGAAAAAUGUGAAAACUUCUUAAUUUUUUUUGAAAAAUUUUUUUUUUCCCUUUUAUCAGUUUUUCAGGUUGGUCAGAUGAAAAAUUAUUUUGAAAAACUUGCUGAAGGUGGCCGUGUGUGUCCCCUCCCACGCCAUCUUGCUGGUGAUUGUUGCAGGAGUGCGAGAUGUUUAAGUGUUAUGUGAAAUUUGAACGGAUAGCUACACGUUUCCUAGACGCUUGUUUACACACACAUACAUCCCUACACACCAGGGUUACUAGCUACAUACAUACACAGUAAGUGUUAUGUGAAAUUUGAAUAUGUAGCUACAUAUCUUUCGUAGAUUCUUGUAUAUACACGCAUACAUCCCUACACGCACGACACACCAGGAUUAGUAGCUACAUAUGUUUCCUAGAGGUUGUAUACACACAUACAUCUCUACACACACUUAUACACCAGGGUUACUAGCUACAAUAAGUGUUAUGUGGAAUUUGAAUAUAGCUACGUAUGUUUCCUAGACACUUGUAUACACACAUAUACAUCUUUACAUACACUUAUACACCAGGACUACUAGCUACAUACAUACACAGUAAGUGUUCUGUGAAAUUUGAAUGGAAAGCUACAUGUGUUUCCUAGACGCUUGUAUAUACACGCAUACAUCCCUACACACACUACACACCAGGGUUACUAGCUACAGUAAGUGUUAAGUGAAAUUUGAAUAGAUAGCUACACAUGUUUUGUAGACGCUUGUAUACACGCAUACAUCCCUACGCACACUUAUACAUGAGGAUUACUAGCUACAAUAAGUGUUAUGUGAAAUUUAAAUAGGGAGCUACACACGUUUCCCAGAUUCUUGUAUAUACACGCAUACAUCCCUACACACCAGGGUUACUAGCUACUGUAAGUGUUAUGUGAAAUUUAAAUAGGGAGCUACAUGUUUCCCAGAUUCUUGUAUAUACAUGCAUACAUCCCUAACACAAACUAUGCACCAAGGUUAAAAGCUACAUACAUACACAGUAAGUGUUAUUUGAAAUUUGAAUGGUUAGCUACGUAUGUUUCCUAGAAGCAGGUAUACAUGUGAUUGGAAGUAAUUGUUAAAAAGAAAAA